UGCUCCGUUGUUAGAAGACAUUCGUAGGAGCGCUGUUUCACAACGCAAACAUACGCGAUGUCGCGCGUUUAUCAACCGUCUGACCAUGUUGUCGAAAACUCCCGUGUACCAUCUUUUGAGAAAUAUAAAGAGAUGCACGAAAAGUCUUUAGAAGACCCAGAGACAUUUUGGUCUGACAUCGUGAAGGAGUUUUAUUGGCAAAAACGUCCACAGACGGGCAAUUUUCUCAGAUACAAUUUCGAUAUUAGUAAAGGGAGCAUUUUUGUUAAAUGCAUGGAAGGUGCUGAAACCAACAUUAGCUUUAACCUUCUAGAUCGCAACGUAAGAAACGGAAAUGGGGACAAGAUCGCAUAUUACUGGGAAGGUAACCACCCUGAUGACUACAGCCGGGUGACAUAUAAGAAGCUGAUGGACCGAGUAUGCCAGUUCGCCAAUGCACUACGAGAAAGUGGUGUGGGCAAAGGAGAUCGGAUUGCCGUCUACAUGCCAAUGAUUUUGGAAACAGUUGUAUGCAUGCUGGCCUGCGCUAGAAUUGGUGCCAUACAUUCCGUGGUGUUCGCUGGUUUUUCUUCUGACUCACUGGCUGAACGAAUAGCCGCCUGCAAAGCGAAGAUGGUAGUGACGGCAGAUGGCGCCUGGCGUGGAGAAAAGCUUCUUAUUUUGAAGAACAUUUGCAGUGAAGCUAUAGAAAAGUCGAAGCGUCAACAUAAUCACUUAGUUUCGAUGUGCAUUGUAGUAUCCCAUCUAGACAGGGUCACGCCUUGUGGUGAAUUACCUGAUGACUAUAACGAUAUGUUCCAUUGGAAUCCAAUUCGUGACGUGUGGUGGCACGACCUGGUGGAAGGGCAGUCUACUAUCUGUUCUCCAGAGUGGAUGGACGCAGAAGAUCCGCUAUUCAUGUUAUACACCAGUGGAUCCACUGGUAAACCAAAAGGAGUGUUGCAUACUACGGCUGGGUACCUUCUCUAUGCUACCGCUACCUUUCGGUAUGUAUUCGACUACCGUGGCAACGACGUCUUCUGGUGCACCGCUGAUGUUGGCUGGAUUACUGGACACACGUAUGUUGUCUAUGGACCUUUGGCGAAUGGCGCAACAUCUGUUAUUUUCGAAGGCACUCCGUUCUAUCCUGAAAACGACCGGUAUUGGUCUUUAGUGGACAAGUACAAUGUGAACCAGUUCUACACUGCACCUACUGCUAUCAGAUCUCUCACUAAGUGCGGUGACCACUAUGUUAAGAUGAAUGAUUUGAAGAGUCUGCGCGUCCUGGGCAGUGUAGGCGAGCCUAUAAACCCGGAGGCGUGGUUGUGGUACUACCACCUCAUAGGAAGCGGCCGAUGCUCCAUUGUCGACACAUUCUGGCAGACCGAGACUGGUGGCCAUGUUCUCACUAGUCUACCUGGUGCUACCCCCAUGAAGCCGGGAGCAGCAGGUUUUCCAUUCUUUGGCGUCGAACCCAGAAUUUUGAACGAAGACGGGGAGGUGAUUGAAGGCCCCGGUGAAGGAUAUUUGGUGUUCUCCAGACCCUGGCCAGGCAUCAUGAGGACUCUUUAUGGCGACCACGAACGUUUUGAGACUGUCUACUUCUCAAAGUUUCCUGGGUAUUACUGUACAGGUGACGGUGCCAAAAGAGACGAAGAUGGAUUUUUGUGGGUAACCGGCCGCAUAGAUGACAUGCUGAAUGUUUCCGGACAUCUUAUGUCCACGGCUGAAGUAGAAGGGGUUUUAGCAAAAGACCCAAGAGUCACAGAAGCUGCUGUGGUAUCUAAACCCCACCCUAUAAAAGGAGAGUCGCUGUACUGUUUCAUAAUUUUGAAUGAAGGGGCGAAGUUUGACGACGAAUUGAUUGAUUGCUUAAAGAAGCUUGUGAGGAAGAGUAUUGGCGCAUUUGCAACUCCUGAUGUUAUUCAGUAUGCGCCUGGUUUACCAAAGACUAGGUCAGGCAAAAUAAUGCGCAGAAUUCUGAGGAAAGUGGCUCUCGGAGACGAGGCUGUAGGUGACCUGUCCACAUUAGCGGACCCAACAGUGAUACCAGAGCUUUUCAAAUACAGGCCAUAAUUUUAUUUAGAAGUAA